AUGAACGGGUAUCAGGAGAGCGAGCUUGAGGGAGAUCUGAAGACGGAGGAGGUGGCGGCGCAGGAGCUCAAAUCGGAUAAACGCCACCAGCGGAACCCUGCGUGCCGGGUCUACGUUAGUAACCUCGCCUGGCGGACGACGUGGCGCGGUCUGAAGGACCACAUGCGCAGCGCCGGCGAAGUCACCUACGCAGACGUUUACUUAGACAAAGAGACGCGGCGCUCGAGGGGUUGUGGGGUGGUGGAAUAUGAGGACGAGGCCUCAGCGCAACGGGCGAUACGUGAGUUGAACGAAACCACUUUGGACGGCCGUCAAAUCUACGUGCGAGAGGAUCGCCACUAG